AUGUUUUCAGACUCCAACCUGAAAUCCGGCUAAUGGUCUAUGUUAUUUCUACGCUCAUAAUUCGAAUUGUCGUCGAGUUUGUUGAAGUUCGUCAAACGCCUCAUACCAGCCUUGAGCCGAUCAAUCCUCAACCAUCAUCUCAAUGAACUAUAAUCUCCAGCUGUCGUCUUCUUGCCUUAUCCAGACGACUACAACAUCAAUUCUUUAGAGUAAAGUAAGCGCUUUUCUCUACUCUAUCUGCAUCAUUCGCCGACCAAUCGUUGAUGGGUCACUACUGAUGCAUGAUUUGUCAUACCCAGGCUGACUUAGGGCUUUAGCGUAUGAACUUGGUUGUCCAUACACUCAAUGGUCUCUCAAGCACAAUAACCACGAACUUGGAUACAUCUCAUGGGCACCUGCUGUUGGCUCUAACGCGGUCACUCAUUUUGCAAGGGCCAUAUGCGCUUGUCGUUGACGAUACUUCUUACAGAUAAGAGACGAGUCAUACAUUCUGACUGACCUCUUAUCCACUUUCCUUCUAGUCUCCCGAAGGAAGAGUUAAGAAAGGCUUUAUUUUCCCCAAUAUCAUUCGCAAAGUGCGAUUAGUCCGCCAGGAAGUUCUGCCAAGAACUUGCAGCCUGGCCACUUUGUAAUCAUGCCACAGAAGGAUGUUGCCGCAUCUUUUACCAAUUACCUCAGAAAGGCUUCCAAACUCCGCUGUCCGAUCCCAGGUUGUGAUGAUGAGUUCCCUGAUAUUGAAGACAGAAUACGAUCACAUCUACAGUCACGCCACCCUAGUCUCAUAGAAGGCAGAGAUAUAACUCGGGUCAUUCAACAAGUUAAGAAGGGAGAUCUUGAAGCGCUUAGGUUACUGGACUCAGAUAAUGAUGUUGACCCUAAUAAAAGACGUAAAUCCCCAUCUGGCUCGUCAAUAAAGGGCCGAGCUAGGUCUACAAGUCCACCAAGACGAUCUAGAGCUCGCGUUACAUCAGGUCCUACCGACAAUAAUGAUUUUAGCAGACCCACUCAAGUAGGAAAGCUUUGGAAUCCAGACGAUGCUUUGUCUCCUUCCCCGCGUCCCAAUCAACCAUCCAGGCCAUCAAGAAAUAUUAGUCAGCCUAAGGGUCGAACAGACAUUGCUGAAGAUGAUAUUGAAUCUACUAAGCUCAUUAAACAGCCUGAGACCCGGCCCAUCAGCCAGGAACAAUUGAUCGCUGAGGUCAAAGGUAUUUAUGCGGGACUCGUCAUGGUCGAGUCGAAGUGCAUUGAAGUGGAUAAUGCUCAAUCGACGCAAAAUGAUACUCAAUUAAACAAUGAGCAAUGGCAGGCUUUGAUAGCGCUACACAGAACGCUUUUACAUGAGCACCACGACUUUUUCUUGGCUUCUCAACAUCCUUCAGCCAGUCCGGCUCUUCGACGGUUAGCAUCUAAGUAUGCUAUGCCAGCGAGAAUGUGGCGUCACGGCAUCCACUCCUUCCUCGAACUAUUACGACACCGGCUGCCACAUUCUCUUGAGCAUAUGUUAACAUUUAUUUACCUGGCUUAUUCUAUGAUGGCUCUGCUGUAUGAGACUGUUCCAGCUUUUGAGGAUACUUGGAUUGAAUGUUUAGGAGAUUUGGGGAGGUAUAGAAUGGCUAUUGAGGACGAUGAUAUUCGCGACAGAGAGGUUUGGACGUCUGUUUCUCGACAUUGGUACUCGAAAGCGUCUGAUAAGGCACCGACUACGGGGCGGCUAUAUCACCACCUUGCGAUCCUUGCACGGCCUAACCCCCUACAGCAGCUCUAUUACUACACCAAGUCUCUUUGCGUUCCUAUCCCCUUUCCCUCGGCUCGGGAGUCAAUUAUGACUUUGUUUGACCCCAUUCUUGACCGGACGAGCCCCCAGCAUUCGAGACUGAACCCAAUCGAUGUGGCCUUCGUCAAAGCACACGCAAUCCUAUUCAGCAACAAGUCUCCUGAAGAUUUCAUCCCCACACUCAAUAAGUUUUGCAGCUCGCUAGAUAACCACAUUGGCAGAAUUACUAGGAAAUGGAUGGAAGCAGGGUACUACAUAGCUAUCUCUAACUGCUGCGGUCUCCUAUCUUACGGCCAGGAUGACAACGUCAUUUUAAAAGCACUCCGCCCAAAGCACACGGAAGAAUCGGCUGAGUCGGACCCGAGCUUGGAAAAGGCUAUCUCCGAGUACAAGCCGAGCAGGACAGAAGAUGGCGCCCUGAUGCUCUUUGAGGGUACCUGCGAUGUCGUCUUACGUAGGCUCGGCGACCUUAAUACCCUCCCGUUUUUACACGUGGUUUUGGUCUUUAUAUUUCAUCUCACCCACUUUCCUGGUGCGAUGCCCUACAUCGAGAAGAGAUUCCCUUGGAAACUCGUUUCUCUUCAGCUGAACUCGCUUCUUCUCUCUUACCGGGAACAUCAUAGAAUCCAGGAUGAGCAGUUUCCCAGGCCGGACAAGGAGUUUGCCCCCAGACCGUUGCCGGAAGACUUCGCUACGAAAGGUCUCGUCUGGGUAGACAAGUACUUCCCCAACGAUUGGUUUUCUAAUGAUAAAAUCGAUGACGAUGAGAAGUAUUUUGAAGUAGCGUCUAUGACGGAUGACCGCAAAGAAAGGAUUCUCUGGCUUGGGUGCCGCAUUGCUAAGUUCGAGAAAUGGCUUACCUACGAUGACAAUUUGCAUCAAUUUGGCGUCGUGUCUUCCUACGAGAAGGAGAUAGAUAACGUUGCCAGGGACACUGAUAUGAUGACCGUUUCUGAGACUGCUGAAUCAGCUUCGCGCGGCUCUACGUUUGAUUCCGUAACCACCAUGGGAAUCGCGGCAUCGGAGAAGGACGAUGAGGAUAUGGUAGAUGUCGACGAGGCCAUGGCUUAUAAGCCCAUCAUUCGCCAAUAGCAAUACAUCACAUUGGGCCACCAGAGGUGGCCCGACACAGCAAAGGAUCUUAUUGACUUCAGUGCGUGGCUGGACUUGAUGCUAUGUGAUGUUAUUAUGAGGCGUGUCAUGGGCUGGAGUUUCCCUAGGACUAUUGAGCAAAGUGGUUAUUUCAUUUAUAUUCACAGACAUAUCUCCAUCUUUUUACAGUUAAAUUUUCUUCUAUGUAUUGGUAUUUUUUCUUCUGGGGCGUUGACACGUUCAUUCUUCAUUCCAUUCUCAACUACCAUAUUCUCAAUUCUACCCAGGUACCCAACGAAAAGGUU